UAUAUUUUUUCAUAUUGGUUGCAUCAGAGCUCUCUAUUUCAGAGCACUCCUGGGUCCUUUGAACAGUGGAAACGCUCGCCGCGGUACCUGAAAUGUACCACCAUCUUUUAAACGAACGGCGCGAUGCUCUCCCCCUCGUCCCUGCUUCAUACAGAGGCAUACAGAGGUACCCUUUUGCAGCAUCUGUUCCAGACCAAUGCUGAGAGUUCUGAAAAGACCAUAUAACCAAUUACCGCUCCUGAGACGCCCGUCGCUCCCCUGGACAGCCAUGGUCGCGCAUUCUUUAUCGCUCAGCCAUGAGGAACGUACGGCCGACCAACCACGAGCCAAGCAACUUCAUCCCGUCAUUCUGAACAGGAUUGAUCAAAUCAAUGAGUCCAUUAAGCUUCUCCGGCUGCAGAUACCUCGAGGAGAGAAUAUAAGAUUUCUCCCCGGCCAAUGGCUCGAUGUGCACGUCCCAGAUGUCCCAAAGGCCGGAGGCUUCACCAUUACCUCCACGCCUGACGAUGCACAGUCAAAGUCUGCUUCUACUAAAGGCUUCCUCGAAUUGGCAGUACAGCGCUCGCCCAGGAAUCCUCCUGCUGCCUGGCUGUGGAGGUCACCAUCAGAGAUUCUUGGCAGCGUGUUGAAUGUGCGAGUAGGCGGGAGUUUUAUAUGGCCACCUCCAGGCAUCGAAAUUGACCAGAUUAAAAAUUUGGUCUUCAUUGCUGGUGGUGUAGGCAUAAACCCUCUAGUGUCCAUCGCUGCGCACUUGGCUCAAACUCAAGAUAUGCCAGAGAGAGUAUCGUUUCUUUAUAGCACAAGAGGCAUUCUGAACGAGCGCAUCUGCUUUUUGUCACGUCUACAGAACAUCUUUCCAUCGGACGACUCCAAACGACGGCUCGCACUUUACCUCACUGGUAAUCAUGAAGUCAAUGCGCAGAUUGAAGAGUCUGUCUGUAUUCACCACAGACGAAUAACGGAAGAGGAUAUCUUGACAGCGCUAGGGGAUGUAAGUGAAAGGUCGGGAGUGAUUUGCUAUGUCUGUGGUCCGCCAGGGAUGACUGAUAAGUUUGUCGAGGUGCUUGGAACAGCUCCAGGCAUGGACCCUCGCCAUGUAUUUUGUGAGAGAUGGUGGUGAUGUGGAAAUCAUUCUAUUUACCUAUCCAUCGUAACAUAUAUCAUUGAUAGACUGUCUGUACAAAAUGAAAAUGGAGCU